AUGGAGGAUUUCAAAGAAAUUGAGGGCUUGCUCGAGAGCGCCCGGCCCGACGACGAGACCACAACAACACUGCAAAACAUCCGAAAGUAUGCAAAACUCGCCCUACCGCAUAUCGUACUUGUCGUCUGCGUGUGCAUCUACGCAACCAUCGGCGCGUGGAUCUUCUACACACUUGAGUCGCCCAACGAAGAUCGGUUGAAGGAGACGGGACGAAAGACGAUCGCCGAGAUGAGAAGUAAUCUCAUUUAUAAGAUCAAUAAUAAUGAGAAAGAGGUGUGGAAAGAAGACAUCGAGAAAGAGCUGAUGUUGUAUAGUGAAAAAUUGUACAAGGCGUUUAAAGAGCAAUACGUUAGGUACUCUGAUGUUCGAACAAUCGGCUUUGAAGGAAGAUCCAGUUAUGAAGAAGCUGAUGAAACAGGAGGAGAUAGUGAACGAAAACGAAGGCAUCGGCACGGCAACAAGCGAGGUGACCGGGGCUCCGAGAAAAUGUGGACGACGAGUAGUGCUCUUUUUUUCGCGGCAACAACAAUGGCCACAAUUGGAUAUGGUAAUAUCGUUCCAGUCACACCUCUUGGACGGCUCGCAUGUGUACUUUUUGCAUUGUUCGGUGCUCCGAUUGCUAUCAUCACGAUUGGAGAUCUCGGAAAAUUCUUGUCAGAAUGCACGAUCUGGUUGUAUAAGCACAUGCGAAAAGGGAGUGCACGUCUCGAUUCGGCUUGGAAACGAUUUCGCGGGCUCGAAGACAGCAUAAGUGACGACUUGGAAAGUGCAAGUAAGAACCAGGACUCGUCAAUUCUAGACAUGGAUAUGGACGAGAUUGACAAGUCGGAAGUGCCCGUUCUUAUGGUUUUCACGAUUAUCUUGUUAUAUAUAGCAUUUGGCGGGAUUCUGUUUUCAAUACUUGAAGACUGGUCAUACAUGGAUGCUUUCUAUUAUUCAUUCAUUUCACUUACAACAAUAGGAUUUGGGGAUAUUGUGCCAGAAAAUCAUGAUUACAUCGCGAUAAUGCUGAUAUACCUCGGCGUCGGACUCUCCGUCACCACAAUGUGUAUCGAUCUUGCCGGUAUUCAGUACAUCCAGAAGAUCCAUUACUUCGGUCGGAAAUUCCAAGGAACCGAUCUUCUUCAAUAUCUGAAAAAGAAGAGAAUGCUCGAAAGGAGGUUAGCAAUGGGUCAAGGCGAGGAAAUUCUGAGGAAGUAUGUGCAUGCUGUGGAGAAAUUCGAACGAGAGCAAGAGCAGCUGCAGCAGAAAAUGGAGGAAGAAGAUCCGCCGUCGAUUGAGUCGAAAGGAUUCGACAAUAGUAUGAUGCGAAUCGACGACUCAUUAUCGGCAUUCCAACUCCGUUUUUAUGACACAUAUGACGAAGAAGACCUCUUCUCACCGACAAUUCAUUCGGUUAGAAGUUUCCAGCCAAGUGUUUGGAGUCAUUCUUCUGCAAGAUCACAAAGUUUUUGUCGAUUCCAACGGAAUCGAGGUGCUAGCUGGGACGAGUCCGGUCCGUCCCUAUCCGAACAUUGCUCCCUUUCUACGGAGCCUUCAGUACAUAUCAGACAAGCCUACUGGGAUAAUUAUCAUUCACCGACGCCGUCCGUGAUAUCAUUUUUACACCGUCACUUAUACUCACCUUCUAUAGCUUCAUCCAUAUCAUUCGAUUACGAUUGUUUGGCGAAAGACGCCAAAUCGGCACGACGAAGUAACUCGUGUCCACCAAUCGAAAUACCAUCACCUCCACCAAGUAAUUCUGUAAGUAGUCCCCGUCGACCGUUGUCGGCACGUACCGGAUCAACGAUCCGUACGAAGCAUGCCAUCGCAUCCGAGCCAAUUUACACGGCUGCUCCGCUUUCUUUCCGUUUACCAGAACCCUUCAUGCUUUCAAAUCUUGCCGCUAUCUGUGAUGCUUUCGAUGAUGCUGAUGCAUGUAACAAUCUUGUGUUUGGUGCUUUUCGGGAAUCUCAACUUGCUGCAAAUCAUUAUGACAGUACCGAUGGUUUUUCUGGAAAGGUUCAACUUCACCCUCAACCUGAUAUUCUUCAUCCCCCACCACCGCCUCCCUAUGUUCCAAAGCUUUCUUUGUCCCCGAAACGGUUAUCAGUGAUAGAUGAGAAUAAAAUCUCAACUUCACCAGAGCCAGUUUUAAAACGAAAAAACAAGGAGCGAAUCGCCAGGCAACAGAAUCCACUCCACUCUUUUGAUUGGCUUAAUGUAAGCCCUCGAAGGUUUCGACCCGAGCUAUGCAUCAAAGAAGAUCUUCCAAAAUUGUUCAAGUUGGUAAGGAACUCCACGAAAAUCAGUCUGGAAUCUCCAACUCAAACAUCUGAAACAACGGAGACCCCUCUGCCUGAUUUGUCAUGCGAUUCUAAUCCAGAGUCUGUUGUAUUGAUAAGUCCUCGGUCGCCAAUCGGUCUCGCGUGUAUGCAAGACUGGGAUUCAUACAUUCAGAUGCUUGAAGAAGCAUCUCGUGAAUUCCAGUACACUCCAGAAGAUAUCGACGAGGAGAUUGAGGAGGAGGAAGAUUGCGACGAGGACGAUGACAGAGAAUGCAUACCGCAUAUUCUGUUAUCGGACUAUGAAUGUCCUGAAAUGUUCACAUCUUCUGUUAUCUCAUCACCACGUCGACAACUUCAUUCGGCACCACGUGUCUACUAUCAGCCGAGGCCUUCGUUGUUCUCUCAGUGCUCGGUGAGCGGGAAGAAGUAUGAACCGCCUGAGAUUAUUCCCGAGGAGGUACACGAGAGCAAGCUUCCCAGUCCGUCUUUCGAUCCACAAACUUCCGAAUCCGAUGAAGAGCCGAUGGCCGUUUUUGUGGAAGAAGAGAAACGACCUCCACCUCAAACUGAAAUUGAUCUUGGCGCCUUUGAACUGGUGGACUCUGGUCUAACACCAGAAGCCCUCCUAUCAAAAGACGAACCAGUAAUAUUCCAUCAAAGUAUGCCUGUUCAUUCCGUCCAUCAUGACACAGUACAAACGGAAGCAGCUCUUGCAAAUCUGAUGGCUGCUCCAUCGAGUAUGCUCACAAAUGCGAUACCACCGAUUAUGGUCGAGGAUAACUAUUGCUUCGUUGUCGACGGAGAACGGGUUCGAAUGGGUGAUAUACUUGGAGAUGAUCAAUGGUGGAGACAUACAUCUCGACCUACCAAAUACUUUUAUUCUGAUGAUCUACGGCAGUUUCAUCGGGUUAAUUGUAUCACUGCGAAGGGGAAGGUGAUUACGGCGAAGUUGGCGACGCAGAUGCCCCAUCAACCAACAACAUCAAUGUCAGCUUCAUUGUCCCAUCAACAGUCACUUUCAGCGUCAAGUCAUGCUCAAAUUCAUCCCCAGCACCAUAGCAUGUCUAACACGCCGAGAUCUUCGAUAUCUGGUGGAACCCAUCAAACAACUCAUACAGCACCAACAUCAAGGACACAUCAUGAUGCGAAUAAAGUACCGCUGAACAAUGUGUACAAAGUGAUUCGAUUCUAUUCAUUCUGGAAGACGUGUACAUCAUUUCAUCGAAUAGUCACGAUGAUUGAUAAAGUAGUUGAUGAACCAUCUACAUCGUCAGGUGGUACUACAUUCAAGAAGCGUCUCUUUGUACAGUACUUGUGGAGAAAUGCGAAAGCUGUGGAAAAAGCGCGAGUUCAGAAGGAGUUCGAUCCGAGACGUCAGCGAUUGCUCCGAUUUGUUACUGAUCCAGCAGCACGGAAAAGGUUCCAGAAGAUAUUCGUGGAAGACGACUUGUUCGCAGUUAUCAUUGAUGAAAAUGGAAAUGAAAGUGAAUCGGAGGAAGAUCUUUCGGAUAGUGAGGAGAAUCAAAAUAAUACGGAUCCUCAGAAUUUGUUGAGAAGAUUGAAAAUGGAAGUCACCACUCAUCCCGGAAAAGAUGGCCUAGAGGUCCCAGUGUAUAGUAAUGAUGAUGAGCAUCCGUUGGAUGGUCCUCACACGAUUCUGCACGCUGUUCAGUGCCCGAAAAAGUUUAUUGCGACGGUCGCCCCAACGGAAGUAGCGGACACAUCAUGUUUCGUUUGCGAUUCGAAUCUGGUCACAAUGCAAAUGAUAGAAGAAGAUGCAGAUCAUAUUCACUGGAAACAGACAAUGUCAACUACACAUUACUAUGCAACAGACAAUUGGAAAGAUGAUUUCUAUCGGGUCACUCCUCUCACGUGUAGAGGAGUUCUUCGUGGUGCAUAUAGAGUUGGGAAGAGCCGGUGUGGCAAGAUUCAGAGAGUUGAUAUUAUUAGGGUGUAUCGUGUGACUCGUCAUUUCAGUUGCUGGAAGACAGUUCCAGUUUUUCAUCGAGUCAUCUCUCUAGUUGAAGCUGCGUUACCUUACAAACAAAUGACCACAAAACAAAAGCAACUUUUGAAAGCAAACGGAAAUAAAUUGAUCAAUCGGUUGUUUAUUCAAUAUUAUUGGAGAUUUAAUCAAAGUUUCCUGAACCGCGAACAAGUGCUCAGCGAAUACGCGGAAUCGACGAAAAGAACUCGUGCCAAAAAGUCGUGGAUCCGAGUUGUGAAAAACGUGGCACGUCUGCGAGCUGCGACGAGUAUCCUAGCGGCUGCACAGAAAAAUAAUACCUUGUAACUUUCAUAUAUUUUGCUCACUUUCAGUAUUUCCUAUAUAAAAAUGAAAUUCUUGAUUUUCGGAUAGUUGUUUGUUUUUUAUUUUACAUACUUUGAAAAUUUAAUUUGUAUGAUAUUUUCUAAAGUUUUUAUGAUUAAAAUUAUGAAAAAUCAAUAAAGUCUC